GAAACUGUUCUGUUCCCUGCACAGAAGUCUUGCUGAAGGGAAACCUCCACUUCCUGCUUGUGAGAGUACCAAUCCCUGCUGCAGCUGUCCAUCCCCACUGACAUCAGACUCCAGUUUCUCCAGGAUCCAGUGUGUUCUGAAGAUCAGCAGCUCUCCCGGAGUCUUCAAGGCGCCAGAUUUGGAAGUCUGAGGCAUCUGGCUUUGUAACCUGAGCAGCUCCCAGGUUCUAGGCAUUGUCUGACUAGGUUGUGCGGCCCCACCUAGCACAUUCAGAGGAUAACAAAAGAUGGUGAAGUCAGAGGGAAGAAAAUCCGUUUCCCAGGACACAUCGGAGAAUGGCAUGGAGAACCCAGGCCUGGAGCUCAUGGAAGUCAGAAACCUUGAGCAAGGCAAAACAUUGGAGGAAGUGACACAGGGACAUAGCCUGAAGGAUGGCUUGGGGCAUUCCUCUCUCUGGAGGAGGAUUCUUCAGCCUUUCACCAAGGCCAGAAGUUUCUACGAAAGACAUGCUGCUUUAUUCAAAAAGAUCCUGCUUGGUCUCUUGUGUUUAGCGUAUGCUGCCUACCUCCUGGCAGCUUGCAUCCUGAACUUCCGGAGGGCACAGGCCUUGUUUGUCAUCACCUGCCUUGUCAUCUUCAUCCUGGCUUGCCACUUUCUGAAAAAAUUCUUUGCUAAAAAGUCAAUAAGAUGCUUGAAGCCCUUGAAAAACACCCGCCUGAGACUUUGGCUUAAGAGGGUGUUCAUGGGAGCCGCUGUUGUCGGCCUUAUUCUCUGGCUGGCUCUGGACACAGCUCAAAGGCCAGAGCAGCUGAUCUCCUUUGCGGGCAUCUGCAUGUUCAUCCUCAUCCUCUUUGCCUGCUCCAAACACCACAGUGCGGUGAGCUGGAGGACAGUGUUUUGGGGCCUGGGCCUUCAGUUCGUCUUUGGGAUUUUGGUCAUCAGAACUGAACCUGGAUUUAAUGCAUUUCAAUGGCUGGGAGAUCAGAUCCAGACUUUCCUGGCAUAUACUGUACAAGGAUCCAGUUUUGUUUUUGGUGACACACUGGUCCAAAAUGUGUUUGCUUUUCAGUCUCUCCCAAUCAUUAUUUUCUUCGGAUGUGUGAUGUCUAUUCUCUACUACCUGGGCCUUGUGCAGUGGGUGAUCCAGAAGAUUGCCUGGUUCCUGCAAAUCACCAUGGGUACCACAGCUGCAGAGACCCUGGCCGUGGCAGGAAACAUCUUUGUGGGAAUGACAGAGGCACCUCUGCUCAUCCGUCCCUACCUUGCAGACAUGACCCUCUCUGAAAUCCAUGCAGUGAUGACUGGAGGCUUUGCUACUAUAGCAGGCACAGUGUUGGGAGCCUUCAUAUCCUUUGGGAUUGAUGCAUCAUCCUUGAUUUCUGCCUCAGUGAUGGCUGCCCCUUGUGCACUUGCCUUGUCCAAACUGGUAUAUCCAGAAGUAGAAGAGUCCAAGUUCAAGAGCAAGGAGGGAGUGAAGCUGCCUCGAGGGGAAGAGAGGAAUAUUCUGGAAGCCGCGAGCAACGGAGCCACAGAUGCCAUAGGCCUUGUUGCUAAUGUUGCAGCCAACCUGAUUGCCUUUCUGGCUGUAUUGGCCUUCAUCAAUUCUACCCUUUCCUGGCUGGGGGAAAUGGUGGAUAUCCAUGGACUCACUUUCCAGGUCAUCUGCUCCUAUGUCCUAAGGCCAAUGGUUUUCAUGAUGGGUGUACAGUGGGCAGACUGCCCAUUGGUGGCUGAGAUAGUGGGAGUCAAAUUCUUCAUAAAUGAAUUUGUGGCCUAUCAACAACUGUCUCAGUACAAGAACAAACGUCUCUCUGGAGUCGAAGAGUGGAUCAAUGGCGAGAAACAGUGGAUUUCUGUGAAGGCUGAAAUCAUUGCAACAUUUUCUCUCUGUGGAUUUGCCAAUCUUACUUCCAUAGGGAUCACACUGGGAGGCUUGACAUCCAUGGUUCCCCAACGGAAGAGUGACUUGUGCAAGCUUGUGGUCAGGGCCCUCUUCACAGGUGCCUGUGUUUCCUUCAUCAGUGCCUGUAUGGCAGGAAUCCUCUAUGUUCCCAGAGGUGCUGAAACUGACUGUGUCUCAUUCUUAAACACAAAUUUCACCAGUAGAACCUAUGAGACAUAUGUGUGCUGCAGAGAGCUCUUCCAGAGUACUUUGCUGAAUGGCACCAACAUGGCUUCUUUCUUAGGCCCUUGGCAAGACAAGGAGUCCAGCCUCAGGAAUCUUGCUAACUGCUGUUACCUCUAUACCAGUACUGUGUGUGCCUGAGGCUGGUGGGGCCAUUCCAUGACAGUUCUUAUAGAACAGAUUUGUAUUACCAAAUACAUAUUCAUGUACUUAGGCUUCCCAUUCUCCGAGAACUGCACUAAACUCCACAAAAUGAAAGUCCUGAUCUCACUGUGGCACUGUAUAAAAACGAGCACCCACCUUUCCACUGGCGUGCCACAUAGCAGAUGUGAAAUUCAUUAUAGACCCUCUUGAGCCAAAGUAUGGUGGGAAUGUAGCUAAGGGGGAAAUAUAUGUGUGGUAAGUUCUAGGAUGGAGAUUCAACCCCUGGCCAGGGCCAGAGUGGGGAGAUGGGGAAAUCCAAGUAGAUGCUUAGAUUUAACUUGGGGAUGGUGGCACACCCCUGUGGUCGCUUACCUUUAAGCUCAGAGCUAAGGGGAUUGCCCCAGAUCCAAAUCAAGCCUGGCCUGAACCCCAAAGUCUUUCACAGAAGUAAAAGAGUAGAGGCCAUGUCCUCGGGCAGGGGUGGAGGUGAGAGAAUAUAUUUUUAAAAUUAUAUGGGAAACACAUGUGAAUACUUAAUGAUAACAUUUUUAUUGACAAAGAUUUAUAAACUUUAAAACCAUUUUCAUUUUCAUACAGUAAUAAAAUCUUUCUGUAAUAAAGUGUUUUUUAAAAGGUA